GGGAGCAAACAGAUCAAACUCAAGCCCAGGAGUUACACAGAUCUCAAGAUAGAGAUUUUGAAACUAUGGCUAAAUUACAUAUUCCAGUAAUGGUGGAUGAAGUUCUUCAUUGUUUGUCACCACAAAAAGGACAGCAAAAGAAGUAAACUGUGGAUAUUUAAUAUAUUCAUAAAGAUGGAGAAUUUCCCACUUGAGGCGAGUAUACACUGGGAAGAAGAUUAUUAAUAAUAACAACAUAGAGUUGUAUAAGAUUUUACUGUUUAUGAAGCACUUUUAUAUAUUAUUGACUGUGCUUUUCAUUAAUACUAAUUUCAGUAGUAUUUUGUGCAAAGUAUUGUGUCAGAUAUGGAAAGAAUGACAGGAAAUGUCUCUAAUGCAUAUGUUUUACUGGAACCAUAUAGUAAUAAAUGACAUUUUUUGGACUUGAAUGCUUCUAGCUAAUAAUCAGGUUAUACAGUAUGCUUUUUUCCCUCAAACCUAAGUGUUCUUACGUUCUAGUGGACACCCUAGAAGAUCUUCAGAGCUUGUAUCAGGCACCUUAAUCCCUUAGGACAGCUAUUUGGCCUAACGUUACUGGAGAAUAGAUCACUAGCCCCCUGAGCACUUGUAACUAUGCCCAAGCUCAGUCAUUUGGAGCACAUUAUGCUGUUCUUGUCUUUAUAACCCUCUGCAGAGGGGUGCAGACACAUCUAAUUGGCUAGCUCACUGAAUUUUUCAGAGCUUGAUCUCAGAUUGAUCUCUCACUCUUGCAAGGAAACCUUAUAUUUGUAAUGACAGUAUCAGAAGAUAAAUUGCUCAAAGAAAGAUAUGGGAUAAGCCGACUAGAGCCAUUAAGUGACUGAGGCUUAGAAAUGAGGAUGGAGAAGAGGAUGACUUGAAGAAACAGAGUAUUAAUACUAAAAAGGAAAACAAAAACUCCAUGAAUUUCUGUCCUCUCUGUAUGUUUUCCCUGCUUUCUCUAGCACCGAGGUACCAUUAGUCUCUUCUCUAUGGCUUUGAUAUUACUCUUAACUUUGUAGCGGAAAUAUGAAAGAAUUAAAACUGACCUCAGUUUUAUACCCCCUUAUUUUAAAUGAUCUAUAUAAUGGUUAUAUGAAUACUUUAAUUUUUCUACCAGUAUAGAAUUUCAUCGUCAAGAUAGUUUCUUCUUUGAGCAAUACAUAUGAAACCAACAUUUUUUAGUAGAAAAACUUGAUUUUUCUCCAAUUUAAAAUUACCGAAAUAGUGAACUACUUUUAAGAAUGAACAUGUAAGUAACUUCUCUUGCUAGGGCCUGUUUUAGAAUUUAAAUAGAGACAGAUUUUUCAGAAAAUUGAGAUAACUGUGAGAGAGGAAUGUUUUAUAAUGUUUUCUUGUUUUUGUACUUAUUUUUGUAAUAUCAUGUUAGUAAUGGAAACCAUCUAGAUUUUUCUAAAGUUAUUAAGCUUUCCCCUGAGGAGUUUAAAGGCAUGAUUGAUAGCAUAUAAAAUAAAUACUUUUAUUUCAAGAUUUCUUCAGAGUAGGUAUUAAAACUUCUUUGAGCAAUUUAUAUCAGGGAUAUGUCAGUUUUGUUUAAGGUAAGUAUGCCUUCUGAAAGCCAGGAGUAAGUUGUGUAGUGUCAAAUUCUCCAUUUCCUGUGAAAUCUGUGUAUAGAUUGACACUAUUCUGGUUUGAUUGUGCUGAUGAUAUUAUAUCUGAGUCCUAUGCAAUUGGAUAAACGAGUAUCCAUCCAAAACUCUGAAAUUUUGUUUCUUUUUUUUAUUUCAGUGUAUUCUAUUCUGAAUUUUGGAACCAAGCUAGCUGAUUUUACACGUUUGAUUUUGUGUUUACAUAUGCAAAAAAAUCAAAACCACAAUGUUACAGGUCUCUCACACCUUUCACUGUACUUCUGUAAUAAAGGGAAUCAGAAUAAUUUAUUGGUUAAAUAAGGUAACUAUAAACCAAUUUUUAACAAAUUUGAUUUUGAGUUACGAUGAUUGCGUAUUCCAGGUACAACUUAAAUUGCUGUAACUGUUUUGUUAAGUUCUUUUUUGGAUAAAAAAAUCUACUAAAAUCUUAUUUUUCUGAAAUGUAAACUUAGCUUAUAGUAUAUGCAUCUUAAUUAAACUGUUCUUGAUUGACUUAAGGUAGUAAUUUUGAAUAUUUUUUGUUUCCGUAUUCUACGCAUCAGUGGAAUUCUAAGUGACUUAAUUCCUUAUUUCUCCAAAUCCGCACAUGGCUAUGUAUUUUUGGGUGCCUUUAUUUCUUUUCAGCUAGUGCUUAUAUCUUAGUGUGCUCACUCCAGCAACUGAGUCUUCUUGAUGAAAUUUUCCAGUACAUUUAAUCUAAGCAAAUUGGUGGGGUUUUCUUGGUGAAAGUAGGUAGCACAUUAAAUCAGAAAACCUAGAGUACUCAUCCCGCAGAUAUACACAUGGCUGACUCUCUCACUCUGGUUGUUAUUCAGAUGAUACCUUUUCAGGGAUGCCUUCCCUGGCCACCCUGUCUGAAAUUUCAACUACCAUCUUCAAAUGUUUGGUAUCCUCCUUCCUUGCUUGCUUGUUUGUUUUUUCCUUAGCACUUAACAGUGAUAUGCUAUAUAUACCAUUCUCUUUUUCUUCUUAACUGUCCGCCCCUUCCUCCCCCAACUCCCUUCUCUACCGCCUUCCUCCAUGGCACACUAGCUUGAAAGGUUGGAUUUUUGUCUGACUUUUACCACUGUAUCCUCAGUGCUAAGAGCAUUUGGUAUGUAGAAGAUACCCCAUAAAUAUUUGUUGAAAUAAUUAUUGAAUGGAGGAAUGAAAAGAAAGGUCCUAGAGAAAGAGACAUUGAGGAGAUAGAUGUGGCAGUGAUUGGGUGAAGAGAAGCAAGGAUAGGGAGAAAUUAAACAAUGGCAGUGAGGUGUUAUAUCUGAGUUUUAGUGUGAAAAUGACACCAUUCUCUCAUUUAUUCAGAAGAUAUCUAUUAAGUCUCUACUGUAUAUCAGGUGCAGUGCACUUAGUACUGGAUAUGCAAUAUAGAACAAAAUUAGACAUGGUCUUAGCCCUUAAGGAGCUUACAAUUUAGUGGUUGAAAUGGGCAUUUAUCAAGUAAUUAUGCAAGUGAAUAUUAAAUUUCCACUGCCAUGAAAGAGUAUAUAGUGCUCUUAGAUCUCCGAACAGGAGGAUUUAAAGUGGUAAGAUUUUCUUGAGUGGGAAGUAAUCAUAAGGCCAAAGAAUCUAGACAAUUAAAUAGGUUAAGAGGAGGGUAAAGAACAUUUCAAAGAGGAAAGGGAACAUGUCCAAAAGUUCUGUGCUGGGAGGGAGCUUGGUAAGAAUGAAAGAUUGUCAGCAAGCCACUGAGUGAGUGUGCUGAAAAUGCAAAGAGUGAGAUGGUGCAAGAUGAGGCUGGAGAGGCAGGUGGAGGUGAGAGAUGAUUAAGUCUGCUUUUUAAAAAGAUAAUUCUCUCUACACUGUGGAGGAUAGAUUGGUCCAGAUUAAUUAUGAGGCUUUUGUCGAGACAAAAGAUAAUGAGUGGUAAUAGUUGAGACAUUGGAGAAGAAUGGGCAGAUUCGAGGGAGAGUUAAGAGGUAAAAAGCAUAGGACAAAGCCGACAUUUGUUAAAUACUCUGUGAGUUCAGGCUGCUAGGAUGACUAGAUUGCUUAAAAAAAAAAUGGACAUUUAUUUCUCACAGUUCUGGAGAAGGGAAGUCUGAGAUCAAGGUGCCCACAGAUCCAGUAUCUGUUGAGGACCUAGGACUUGAAGAAAAAGAUUGUUUUCUGGUGCCAUGAAGCUGGAGUGAAAGGUAAAUUGUUUAUGGUACUUUCAAUACUUGGGCUAUUUUCUUAAUAUUUAUUCUUAACUUUUUCCUUGCUAUUGUUAAUAAUAUUUAAGUUCCAGAACACCCACUUGCUGAUCCACUGUAUAGACAUUAUUUUAUUUCAUUUAGAAACUUGUAUCUGUAAAGUGACUUUAAUUUAUUUGAAAGAAGCAUUUUAUUGCUAUUUUAUGUAGAAUAAGCAUUACCACAUAGAACCAAUUAAUACUAUUAUAACUAUUAAUCUGUAUAAAAUUAUAUAAAUUUUUCUGUGUAAAAAUUUUAUGUAAACUUUUAUUUACGUGAAAGCAUACUAAAGAAAUCACCCCGACAGUUAAAAGUUUGCCAGCUUGGUAACUAUGACAUUAUUCAUCUUUGGUACAUUAUUUGAAAUUUGCUGUUUCUUUUCAUGUGUUUAUAGCUUCAUUGCCUUGGGCUAAUAUUCAACCUAUUAGUUGACUUAUCACCAUUCAGAGACUGGUAAAUUAAGUGUCAGGCAACACCCACUUGAGUCUGAAUGUGAUUUCUUACUUGUAUCUUUUCAUAGCUAUUUUAUGAAUUAUAAUGCCUAAUAGAAAAGAAGGAAGGAUUUUCUUGCAUGUAAAUUUCCACUGAAUGCUCUGUGGGCAUUUUCAUAUGGCAACCGUUUUAGCCAAGACAGAAACUUUGUUUCCCUCUUUAUGUAUUAAUGGUGUUUUAUAGGUUGGGUAAAAAAUAAAUUAAGGAUAGAAAAAAAAUUAACCAGAAAUAACAGUAUAAUCUCUAGAUUAAUGCAUGUUGCUGUUAGGUACUAUAUACUACAUUUAUAUUCUAUAAGAAUGUUUAAAAUAAUGAUAUAAAUAAUAAUUUAGCUUAAAUCAAUAUAAUGCUAGAAAUUGAAAGUAGAGUUUGUAUGAGAAAGACAUUCAGGGAGUACAGUUUUGUAAAUGUGUUAUUAUUUGCUAAAAAUCAACAUAAAUUAUGUAUGUAUGUUACAUACAUUUAUUUUCAAGCUUAAAAAUUGGACAUGUAGUUUAUAUAGUUUUUCCUCAAAAUAAUUUCAAUGCUAGUGAUAGAAACUUAAAUUUUUACAGUGGACAUUUUAUAUGAAUCUUUCACUGUGGUUUUAUUUUGCAUUGUUUUGCGUAAAAGUUGAAAAGUGAGCAGAAACUAUGCAAUCACUAUUUUUCCCUUUGUUGAAUUCAGGGAUAUGGGAUUUGCUAUAAAAGUGUGAGUAGGGAAACUAAAUUCUAUAAAAUGAAUUUUAUGAUCAUUCAGAUUUAGUACUUAAGACUUUAUUAUUUAAUUAGUCUUAGGUGAUUUGGGAUAUUCUGACCAUCAACUAAAUUUUUUAGUCUACUCUAAAGUGGUACUAAUGGUGUUUUAGGAGAGUACAAAUACAUUAAAUUCACUAUACUAUAUAAAUUAGCCUUCGAUGGUUUUCCUCUUUGUUAUGUUAAUUUAUUCUCAUGACUCAGACUGGGGGAUGCUUUUAUUUUAUUUUUUUUAAAUUUCUAACUUUUUUGUUUACAUGGGUCUUUUAUUGCUGGAUUUCUCAACUUGUCCUCAUAGGACAUAAUGGAGAAAGUCCUCAUAGGACAUGAUGGAGAAAGAAACAUGUUCUAAUAACAUAUUCUCAAGGUUAGCUUACAAAGGUAUUCCUCUGUCAAACACUUGAGGGAUCUUUUAGAUGCUAUUCAUUUACACAGCAACUCAGUAGACUAGGUCAACAUGUCUAUGAAUAAGUGGUUAUCUUGAAUAUUUGAAAUCGUUUAGAUUUCCCCCAAUUUUCUUAACAUUUUAUAUAUUGAUUUGGUGACAUUGCAGAAGAAAAGCACACUCAUACUUUGACAUUGGUUUUUGUACUUUUUCUUAAAUAUAAAACUUGGGGAAAAAUCUUCAAAUCAUAUAAAAUUACUUUUUUUUUUUUUUUUUUGAGACGGAGUCUUGCUCUGUUGCCUAGGCUGGAGUGCAGUGGCACUAUCUUGGCUCACUGCAACCUCCUCCUCCCAGGUUCAAGAGAUUCUCCCUCCUUAGUCUCCCGAGAAGCUGGGACUACAGGUGUGCAGCUCCAAGCCUGGCUGAUUUUUGUGUUUUUAGUAGAGAUGGGAUUUCACCGUGUUGGCCAGGCUAAUCUUGAACUCCUGACCUCAAGUGGUCUGCCCGUCUCCGCCUCCCAAAGUGCUGGGAUUACAGGUGUGAGUCACUGUGCUCAGCCCCUUAUAAUUAGUUUUUAAAUAUGCUAUAAAAAAACUUUAAAAAGUUGAAUUCAAUAAACAUAUAUUAAAUUUUUUUUAUGUAUUUUGCAUUGUGUUGGGGGAUCUAGGGAUUGCCAAAAUAGUGAGUGAAUAAAUGUGGAGGGGAUAAACUAUGCCCAGAAGAUUUAUCUUAUAAUUAAAGGCUUAUUUUGUGGAAUACCAGUAUUAAGAAGACACUGAAUAUAAUUUCAUCACCUAAAUCUAUAAUUGAUGGAGAAAAAGCUAGAGUACACAAUUCAUGGGGAAAAGAGAAGAGGGCUUUCAUUUAAAGAGCAUACCAGGUUUGGCAUGGUGGCUAACGCAUAUAAUCCCAGCCCCUUUGAGAGGCUGUGAUCGGAGGAUCGCUUGAGCUCAGGACUUCGCGAUUAGCCUGGGCAAGGUGGUGAGACCCCAUCUCUACAAAAAAAAUAAUGCUGUACGUGGUGGUGUACACUUGGGCAGUCUCAGUUAUUCGAGAGGCUGAGGUUAGAGGAUCACAUGAGCCCUGGAGGUCAAGGCUGCAGUAAGCCGUGAUCACACCACUGCACUCCAGCCUGGGUGACAGAGUGAGACCUGGUCUCAAAAAACAAACAAAAACCAACAUACCUUCUUGGCAGCCUUGCGUAAGGUGAUAUGUGUGAGGAUGGAUUUAAAUAUCAGGGUUUAUAAUUCAAUAGAUAGGAUAGUUUGUAUGCACAUAACCAUAAUAGUCAUACUAUUUGAAAAACUAAGUGUUAAAAGAAAGGCAUGCUGUUCAAAUUAGAGAAGGGAAAACACAAGCAGAUGUGUACAUGUGAGGACUGGAUCUUUAAAGAACAGAAUAUUUAAAAUUUCAGUUAGAAUAUGUUGAGCUGAUGGAAGGGUCUAGCAACUGACUGAGAGAGGUGAAGGUCAUUGGAUUUGAGAUGUACAUAUUGUCAAAGUAAGAGACAUUGUGUCAGUCUACAUGUGCAGAUGUUGCAUUCAUGGUUAUUCUGUUUAUAAGUACAAACACUUAAACUUGACCACUUAAAUAUGACAUAUGGCAUUGCUAAAUAUGACUUGAUUUUCUGAAGUAGAGAGCUAUUCUUGGUUAAGUUUCUUUUGAUUUAUGCAAUAGUUACAUUUCUAGAAAAUUCAGUGUGUAUUAAUUAAAUCCUUAUAAAAAGUACUGUGUGAUAUGAAAAAAGACAUUUUGUUUUAGGCUUGGAUAAUUGUUGCUGCCCCUUCUCCUUCAUGAAUAGACACUGUAAGUCAUGGAGAACUUGGAUCAGUUUAUUUUGUAGCAUGUGCCGUACAUUUGUGCAUUGCAGGAUAUCUACCAUUCCUGUAGCUCACCCAUUAAGUGCUAGUGGCAUCCUCCAAUUUUUUUUUUUUAAAUUACAGUCUAAACACAUUUUCAGAAUGCCCCCAUUGAGCAUUUCUGGGUUAGAGGAAAGAAGGCACAGAGCAAUAUGUGGAUUAGACCCAAGGAGAAAGCUUCUAUUUUGCACAGUGACCAAUAUGAUAAGAGAUGUGAAGCAGGGAAUCACCUGGCAACAGAAGUUCAAGUAUGUUCCUGAAAUAAAAUUGCCGUGAGGCAAGGUGGUAAAGUUUUCUUACCAUCUCAACCUCCUGUCCACAUUUAACUUCUUUCCUCACACCAUCUCUAGCCCAGGUUUACCUGGUAGCGUGGUUAUGUUAAUAUACCGGUGGCCCCAGUGAGAAUUCUUGACUGGUUUUGGUAAAGUGUAUAAUUUCAGCAUACUUUCUAACUAAAUUAGCAUUUUUCUUCCUUUCUACUAUACUUCCAAGCAUUUUUUUUUUUUUUUUUUUUUUUUUUUUGCCAUUUGAAGGCAGUCACAAAAGAUGCCUGAUAUUUCUCAUGUAAAUGUUUCUCUAUUUUUUUCUUGCUAUUAGGUAAAUGUGUUGCAUAAAAUGUAAUCUUUGUAUUUCUGUUUGAUUGUGAACAUAUCCAAAUGCACUAAAAUGCAUUGGAAUCAGUGAAGAUGAUCAUUGCAGUUUUAUCUUUUGUUCAAAUUGGUAAACUUUUAAUAGAGCCACCUUUGGCCAACUUUAACAGUUUUUGUUGUCUUGGAAGAAUCAUCUCAUAUUCAGCAGAUUACUUCUAAUGAUCCUGAUAAAUCAGAAGUAUUACUUUCAAAAGAUUAAUGUUAUAAAGUCUAGCCUUGUUGAGCUAUUUCGUUGUUGUGCUUGUUCUAAAUUUGGUGACCUUUGUAAUGUGGAACGGUAUUCUUCAUUUUAAAUAAAAUUUAGAGUGAUUUAAAAAAUGAUUAUUUACCUGGGGCAUUAAACCAAGUCUGAUGAGGUUUUUAGCUUCAUUUGUAAUGUAAAACCCAUAGUGAAGAUUAGAAGUAGUUCCUGAAGUAUGCAUACCUUGUGAAAUAUGUUUCUAGUUUCAGUAUCUUUCCUAGGGGAAAUGCCCAUGCUAUGGAAAUCACUAUGAUUAGCAUUAAUUGUUAUGCUUCUUGGGUCUCCUUGCAAAGAAGCCAGACUUGUAAAAAUGAACCUCUUUUUUUUGCCCUGUAAAGGUCAUAGCAACAGACAUUAUCUUAAAAUGGAAUAGUAUAAUGGUCUCUUGACUGAUUUAAAUGGUAAUAUGUAAUAAUAUACAAUUACAUUUUAUGGGUGAUAUGGGUGGUAUCUUUCAUUAAGUUACAUUUCUUUCAUAUUAAAAUAUAUAAUUUUAUGUGAGAAAAAUUGAAUAUUUCAUAAAAUCCAAUUUGUUCUUGUCCCUUAACCUUACCUUUAAUAUAUUACUUAUUCUGUGUUUUAAACUGGUUGAAAAUAAUUUCUUCUCUCUCUCUGUUUUUAUCAUAAUCUUGAAAAUGAAUCAGUUAAAUCAAUUAAUUAAUUUCAGCUGCUUUUAAGUUUGUCUUGUGGAGGGUUUCUUCCAUGAGAUUUUCAUAAACUAUAACUGAGUUUAUAUUUACCCUACAGUGAAUUUUUAAAUUAUCCUUUGAAAAUUCACAUUGGGGUAGCUUAUGGUAUUAAUACAUUUGAGGAGAAUUAUUUCAUCAUCUUUGAUAUAUGAUACAGCUGCUUGUUGUUUUGUUUUCAUCACCACAGAUUCCUGAAAAGUUUGUGAACACUGAAUUUCAAAAUCUUCUAUUUUCCCCACUGCAUUAUAUUGUAAUCUUAGUAUGUUUUAUUUGAACUUAGAGUACUGAAUUAAUACUUAUUUAUAAAAUUGGUGUUUGUAUUUUUAACAAGAAGAUACAUUUUUUGAGUUUUAAUUUUUAUCUCCUUAGAAGGCAGUCCAAAAACAUACUAGAAUUGUGAUGCAUAAGGAAUUUAAUUAUAGUUUCUAAGUCUUACAAAAUAAAAAGUAUUAAUUGGUGUUAUUUGUUAAAAUAUGUCAUAAAGAACAAUAUCCUAACUGGGGGUAUUGCUUAAGAGCAAUCUGAUUUAAGAAAAAGACAAAAAGUAAGAUCUUAGGGUAUCGUAAUUUUGUAAAUUUUUGUUUCUUGGAAUAUUUAGAAAAAUUUAUUUUAAAAUGUCUCUUGGAAUAGCUGGGCUAGAAAUGGUGGUUCAAGGGUGCAAGGAGAUUGUAGAAUCCUCUAAAGGGAAUGUUUUUUACUACCAUGGCAGGGAAUAGAUGCCUUAUAGAUGGGAGCUGUGACUCAUAUGAAAAACCUUCAAGACAAUUUCAGGCUUACUGUGGUCACUUUAGUCUAGGUCUUGGCAUUUGAUCAAUUGAAGAUUUUGAAAAAAAUAUAUUUCUCUUAACACACUAUGGUAGCCAGUCUACGAGAUGGGUUCCAUUGAUUAUCACUGCCUAGUAAUCAUGCUCAAAUGUAGUUCCCUGCUGCACUGAAUUAGGUUGACCAGUGUAAUCCAGAAGAUACUGCAAAAAUGAUAGUGUGCGACUUCAAAGGGUAAGUCAUAAAAUAAAUUUUGGCUUCUUCCAUCCUGUCUUUUGGAUUGCUUGCUCAAGGUGGGACAGUUACCAUAUCAUUUGUAUGCUUAAGCAGUCCAUGGAGAGGCCUAUGUAGAGUGGAAUUGAGGCUCCUACCAACAAUCAGCACCAAGUGGUUGAGCAAUCUUGGGAAUAUAUCCUCUAGUCUUAACCAAGCCUGCAACCUUGUGAAAGAGACCCCAAGUUAGAAUCACCUGGUUAAGCUGCUACUGAAUUCCUGAUCCAUAGAAACCAUGAGAUAAUGAAUAUUUAUUUGGUUUAAGCCACUAAAUUUUAGGGUAAUUUUUUAUGCAGGAUACAGAAGUAAUAUACACAGAAAUAAAGGCAAAGUUUCAACUAUGUUGAUUGCUCUAAAGGAAAGGUACGCAUUACUAUACGAGUGACCCAACAGACUUCUGUUUUAAUAUGGAGGUUUGGGAAAAGCUUGUGAGCUCAGAUUCAAAGAACAGGAAAGACAUUCCUAACGGAACAACAUGUGAACUGGCCCUGUUGUUGAUUCAAGAUUUUUUUGCUGCUUAGCUCAGCAAGGUCCGUGUUCUCGUCUCAUGACCAGGAAGAAAUAGCCACGUGGACAUUGAAGAGUGAGUGAGUGGAGUAGAUUUUAUUAGGUGAAAAGGAAAGCUCUCAGCAAAAAGAGGGGUCCUGAAAGCAGGUUGCCGGUUGCCCACUUCACAGUUGAAUAAAAGGGCUUUUUACAUAUAUACCGAUGGGCUGGGUUCUCUAUUUGUAUAAAGCGCUAAUUUCUGGUAGCUCCACCCCAUUCCCCCUGUGUGUAUGUGGGCUCUUAGUUGGCUGUGGAUGUAUUUAGGCAAGGCCCCUGUGCAAGUUCCCUUAUCUGCACAAAACAUGGGUUGGAGUUUCUCCAGGGAUCCUUCCGUUACUAUCUGUCAAAAGCAAGCUGGUUAACCCCUUUCAUUCCCUCCUUCAGCAAUUGCUGUUGCGAAAAAAUGGACGAUGACCUCUCUUAACUGCUUCCUGCUGACAGGAGGCGCUGUUUUGGAAAAGUGGCAGUUAGGGCUCCUCCUGACAUCAGUUUAAGGGUCCUGGGAAGAAUGGCAUGCCCAUGCGUGGUUUCAUUUGCGUCACCAUUUGAAGUUUAAUGGCCUCCAAGCAAAAAGGACCAAUUUGGGUUAUUAAAAGACAUAUAUCAAAAUGAAACAAGGGGGUAAGGACCGCUCGAAAAUCCCAAGGCUGCCAAUGUGCUCAGAUAGCUGGUAGCUAGCUGUAGUUAUACCUGCUAAGAUUUGGGUGCAUGGGGCUUGGCUUUGGUUAGCUCUCUUGGUUUUAUUUUUCCAAACAAAGAAACCUCGAGUUAUGGGCACCAUAUUUACUCUUAUCCCAUUGUAGGAUUUGCAGGAUAAUUUGCCAGAACUAGAAUAUUGAUCCAGAUUUUUAUCACCCAUCCCUUUUGUUUCUUCUGAGCUACAGCCAGAUAUCGCUGGUUGGUUCACAGGAAUAACCAGGGUUAUUUUAAAAUGUAGGCAAAAACUUAAAAACAACUGAUGAGAUUAGAAUUUAAUGACAGGUGUAUGAUAAGUUUUGAAGCAUAAUUUUUCUUUCUCCAGUCCUUAUUUUUGUCAAAAACAAAUCAUGAUAGGACUCAGUUGUUGGCAAAAUAAACUUUAGUCCUAUACUUGACCAGAUUAUUGGUGCAGCAAGAAUAAUUAUUUUUCACAUAGGCUUUUGAGUUGGCUUUAAUGGAACUCUGUUCCACAGGGAAUCUCAGAUAAGACCUUUAAAAGCUGAGCCCAGUCAUGGGUUUGUACCCUCAAAUACUUAUGAGUUGGGUAAAUCCCUCCCUUUUUGAGGUCACAAGAACCUGGGGCUCCUGGGCCUGUUAGAAAGUGAUACUCUUUACUCACCACAGGUUAGUAACCCUUUAUGGGGACUGUGUAGACAAGGUAUGAGGCCAGAUUUCCUAAGGGGCUUUUAUUGGCUAUGCAAGCCAUGCUUGAUUCCUUAAAGGGAAGCAAACCCUUCCAGUCAAAACCUUGGUGAAACAACCAGUUUCUCCAAUCAUGUCCUGUUGCAAAGGAAAAUGAAUUAUUAUUGCAUAGAUGCAAAUAACUAUAUUGCCAUAAGGUAAGAAUACUCACAAAUAGUUUCCAAAUUCUGGAGAUGCCAGGUGGAGAGAAACAAAUAUCCUCCAAAUUUUGUUCACAGGAGUAUACCUUACUCAAUUAUUAAAGGCUGUAAUUAGCUCAAAAUAAAUUUCCUUGACUCUAAAAACAAAACAAGAUCAGCAACAUUUUAAGCACAAAAGACUAAAAAGAUUACUUCAGUUUUCUGUUAGUUCAGUCCAUUCUGUUAACUCUUGAUCUACUUGAUAUUUGUGAACCUUUCAGCUCUUCAUGAGUCCUGUAUGUUUCUCUCUAUUCCAAUGUCCCAAUCUCCAAAGAUAUCAGAAACCUGCCUUUAAGAGCACCUGUUAAAGUACUAUAUCUGAUGAUAAGCCAUCUUUUGAAAAGGAUCAAAGCUAGACAACAAUUGUCUGUGAAUAACAAUGUUCAGGGUAGUUACCUCAAAAACAUGAUUGACAAAGAAAUUUGUUUAUUUCUGUAGUAGUAUGGUUUGGCUGUGUCCCCACCCAAAUCGCACCUUGAAUUGUAAUAAUCCCCCUUGUGUCAAGGGUGGGCCAGGUGGAGAUAAUUGAAUCAUGGGGGCAAUUUUCCCUAUAGUGUUCUCAUGGUAAUAAGUCUCACGAGAUCUGAUGGUUUUAUAAAUGGGAGUUCUGCUGCACAAGCUCUCUUGCCUGCUGCCAUGUAAGAUGUGCCUUUGCUUCUCCUUUGCCUUCUGCCGUGAUUGUGUGGGCUUCCCAUCCAUGUGGAACUGUGAGUCCAUUAAACUUCUUUCCUUUAUAAAUUACCCAGUCUUGGGUAUAUCUUUAUUAGCAGAAUGAGAACAGACUAAUACAUGUGGUUUACAAUAACAUAAUAACCUUAAUUAUGAUUGAUAGCAUAUACUCAGACAUUAGAAUGGUAGACAUCCCAUACAAUUUUAAAACACAUAUUAAUAUUAUUCAUUAAAAUAUAACCUAUGGAAGAUUAAACAUCACUUUGACAAUCCCCUAUAACUAAACAUGUCAAAUAAUCCUGUUUACCUCUCUCUUGGAUGCUCUAGGGGUCCUCUAGCAUCCAAAAGCUAGGGGUCAGGAAAGACAAUUUUUGAAGCUGAAGUUUGAUUUUGGGAAACAUGUUAAAUAUAUAUAUCAGAGGUUCAAAAACAUGUGAUAUUAUAGAAUAGAAUUCCAGAUUACCGUAAGUUCUCUAGCCAAAAUGAUGACUCAAAAAUAAAAAAAAAGGCAGAACCUUUCAUUAUCUUUUACUGUUACAUGAAAAUCUUGUUUGAGAGAGAAAAAGCCAGAUUUCACCAUUACGUUAGUUUGCUAUUAAUGUCAACCCCAAUUUUUUGUUUUAGUGGAACCUUAUAGAUAAUUUUAUCCAAUCUUAGCCAGUUUGACCAUGAGGUGAGAUUUCUGUAAACCUUUUAUAACACUUUACAAAUUUUUGUUAAAUAGCAGAUCAGUGCCUUAAGAAAACCUCAUUGUACUUCUAUUUCAAUGUACAAUUUAUGGAAAUACCAUAUAAUACCUUUUUGAAGUUAAUAUGUUCUCAUAUAGAAUUUCUUUUGGAAGAUUAAUUUUUACAAACCUUCCACUCUUUGUUUAAACCCUCAGCUUUAUCUUAUCUAAUUCAAAACAAUCCUUUAACCCUAGUCCAAAAUUUACACUCCCAUGCCCUCUGAUAAUCUUUUACUAAAAACACAUUUUACUUUCCUUACACACCUUGUGGGUGAAUCUGUUUUCAAUAAUCUCAAUUAUAUGUUAUAACAGUAACUGUUAGCAAUUUUUAAUUUUAGUGAAAAGGCUGGUAGGUUGUUUUAAUUAUGUGCUAGGUGCAGAUAAAGUCUGACUCUUUCCAACAUAGUUAAGGGCGUGGUUAAUUCCAUAUGUCCUCAAGCCUUAUCAAAUUGUAAAGCAGGCAAGUCAAACAGUUCUCAAAAGCCAAAGAAGCAGUUUGUAACCUUCAAACAUGUAGCAAAUCUAGUGUCUGACCCGCAUAAUUCAGAUCACAUAUUUACAUCUUGAAGACAUUUGUAUUUUACCAGUUGUCUUCAAAAAUAUUUAUAUUUCUCAAAGAUUAAAGUCACUUGAACUAACAGGCAUUACAGCUUUUAUUUUUUUUUUCAAAAAAUAUUUGAUCUAAGCACUUAUUUUUCUUUAGGCCAAUCAGUUAGAGCUAUUUUUUAUAUAACCAUCACACACAUAGCACAUGUACGAUUAUACAGACACAGACAGAAGAAGAUCCAGUAAUUGUAAGAUUCUUCAUUUUCCAAUCUCCUAGUCAGAUCAUUGGCCUCAGGGUGGUGCCCUUCAAGAGCAGGGCUAGGAAAGCAUGCAGUUUCUAGGGCCCAGUAAAUAGGUAUAGCUGGAAGACAAAAACAGAUUUUGAAAGGAAUCUAUCCAAUUUUAAUUCCUGGAGUUCCAUGUGGAAAACAGAAGGGAUUUUUUUUUUCCAAAAUGGGGUUUGUGGCACCUUCUCUGUUUCUCCCCAGGUGUCCUAGGCUAUCAGAAGUUAUCUUAGGGCCUCUCAUGUGUGCAUUAAGAGUAGCAAAAUGAAAUGGAGAAAAAUAAUUCAUUUGACUGAAAAUCGUUUUUCCAGAAAAACAAGAUCCAUGACGUGUAAAACAUAAAGGCCUUUUAAAUAUACCUCUAGCUUGGAUAUCCACUUUAAAUUAAGCUGAGUGCUUUUUAAGAAAAUCCUUUUAAAUCCCUCAUUACCCUAUGUUAGGCAUGCCAAGUGGCCAGUAUUUCUAGCUUUUGAACAUUACCAAAAGUAACCUCACAGGUGAAACCAACAAGCCUCAAUUAAGGUUAUGGCUUAACUGUGAGUGUACAAGGUAUUUUCAAAGAAGUGGUAAGCACUUCCUACAAAAUCUAGGAUCUUUAAAGGUGGCUCAGAGAAAGAAAGAUUUAAGAAAGGAAGCUAGAAUUUGUUCACGGAGGGGAAGAGAAUCAGCAAAUUCUAAAAGUCACACAGAUACUAACCUGAAAGUACUCAUUCCCUAUGCCAAAAUUGAACCCGGGCCGCCAUUUUAAAAUGGCAGAGGGCAAAAGAAAGUACUGCCAUGUGGUUACAAGGUCAAGCUCCCAAGGACAUAAAACAAAAUGGAAACCUGCAGCAAUGUUUGUUACUGCCCAGUUUGCUGGUUGGCUUGAACAACAGGCUUAUGGGGUCCUAGGCUUGCAUUCUAUCCUAAGGUAUUCCUCCUUAUCAUGGAACCAUACAGAAAAGACACAAAAAGCACACCAGAUUGGCUACAGCCUAAGACUAGCCUCACAAAUCCUUUUUUCCAUUAAUCCAGACUUCACAGAGGAUACAAACAGUAAUUUUAUCAUUUAUUCAACCGGUCUGCACAGGGAGAGGGAGGCCCGAAGUCCAACUGUUAAGAACUUUUACCCUUUUACCAGCAUGUCAGACUUCUGGGUUUCCUUCCCCUGAGCUCACUUUUAAGCCAAGCAGUUUAAGGUUUGGGGAAACUAACUUUUCCUACUUUGGGGGAUAUAUCUGAGGGGAGUGUCCUGUGGUAUGGGGACACAAUUACCCAUCUGCGAAGAGAGGACAGAGUAAGGAUUUUUUUUUCCCCUGAAAGGAAUCCCAGUCAUUCAGGAGGCAUUUGAGAGAAAUACAGACUGAAGAUGAUUGGUUGCUCAACUAGAAAGGGGAACAAGUCAUCCCUAGUUCCUUUUUUGUCCCAGGGAAUAACCAGGUUAUGUGAGGGAGAGAGAGAAGAGCUGUCCUCACAUCCCUGAGUCCUUGUAACCUUGGAAGGGUGUGGACCAUGGGUGCCAAUGUGGCUUUUCACCCUUGUUAACAGGGGGCCUAGGAGGUGGGAAUUAUCCACAUUUACCCACAUGCUGCCUUUCCUCUGCUGUCAGUAACCUUUGAGUUUCCUAGACCUUGUCUGUGCCAUGGAUGCUAGUAUGACCUCUAUCAAUGAAAUGGGAGGGGUCCUAAUUGGCAGGAAUUAGUCAUGCUAAGGUAAAUCUGUGGUGCUGAGUCCUCCUCAAACAAGGGAGAGUAAAGGGUGUCUUGUGAGUUGGGGUCCUGGCUUAAGAUGUUUUCCAAAAGGAAAAAAAAAAAAAACUCUCACAUAGAAAAGCUCCCUGUUUUCGCAGGGCCAUGUUAGAAAAGAAAAGAAAAGAAAAAAACAGCUUAAAUGCAGGAUGGAGAAAAUGCCUGGGGGAAAAUCCUCUAGCUCUAUGCAAAUGGGUUCCUCCAACAGGGAGAGAAACUCUUAAUCAUUGUUCCCUCCUUUUGCCUAGGCCAGGGGUGGAAAGACUCUGUGGGCCCAUGGCAGGAGGUGGUGGCUGCAGCUCAUUCCUGCCCCAUGUGGCUGUUGGAUGGAGCAUGUGCGUGCAGACAUGGCCAUACACACUAGCUGGGAGGGAAGCGGGGAGGAUGGGUGCUUCCGCUUGCCUUUCUGUUCCGAGCAUAUGCCUGUGGCCUUUGGGGUGGGGGUGUGAGAUGUGCCUCUAAGAACAGACAGAAAUCGCAUUGUUCUGAAUGGCAUUUCUGAUGGCUGGGCUAAAUGCUCACUCUACCUAGUAAUAUCUGCAGUUUGCAGCAACAUCUUUAACAUUAUAAAAGAAGAACUAAGUGCCAUGAUAAUCCUGGAACAAAAGAACGAAAAUACUGUAGAAAAGACUGGAUUGGAAUAAGGCUGACAUUCCUAACCCUUGAGAGUGAUAGGGGGUUUUUGGGGGUACUCUCCAGCAUCCUGUCCUCUGUAGCUGUGCCAUUCAUUCUUAUUUGGCUCACCAGAGGUUUGGUGCUGCAUCUGCCUUCGGAAAAAGUCUGAGGAGGAGAAGACUCAGAAAUGAAAGCAAAAGGUUUCGGAUGUGCAAUUUACUCACCUGCCAGGUAUUCUGGACAAGCCCCCAAAAUGAUGAAGGGGUUUUUGCUCCUCAGCUCGGCUAGGUCUGGGUUCUUGUCUCAUGACCAGGAAGAAAUAGCCAUGUGGACAUCAAAGAGUGAGUGGAGUAGAAUUUAUUAGGUGAAAAGGAAAGCUCUCAGCAAAAAGAGGGGUCCUGAAAGCAGGUUGCUGGUUGCCCCCUUCACAGUUGAAUACAAGGGCAUUUUACAUACAUGCUGAUGGGGCUGUGUUCCCUACUUGUAUAAGGUGUGAAUUCCUCGUCGAUUCACCCCAUUUCCCCCAUGGGCAUGUGGGCGCUUAGUCUGCUGCGGGCAUGUUUAGGCAAAGCUCCUGUUCAAGUUCCCUUAUCUGGACCAAACAAAGGUGGGAGGAGGUUCUCCAGGGACCCUUGCCUUACUGUAUGCCUGAAGCUGGCUAACUCCUUUCAUUAUUAUAGCCAAAUAGGUUCUUCUUGCCCGAUGCCCAGAAAGUUAAUAUGCUGAGAACAGCAGUAGUUGCAGCAGAGAUAGUGUUUAGUCAUAGCACUUUAAUUGGGAGGAGGAUGGGAGAUAUUUCUGAAAUCUGCCUAAGAGUUUGGAGGCUAGGGUUUUUAGGGGUAAUUUGGUGGGCAGAGCACUAGGGAAUAGGUAUUGCUGAUUGAUUGGGCAUGAAAUCAUGGUAUUGUCCAAACUGUCCUCAUGUGCUGAGUCAGUAUCUGGGUGCGAGUGUUACAGGACUGGUUGAGUCAGUUCCUUGGUAUGAAUCAUGGUCCUGUUGGUAUCAGGUGGUAUGGCCGAAUGCACAAGUCUGAAAAAUAUCUGAAAGAUCAGUCUUAGGUUUUGAUAAUAGUGCUGUUAUCUAAAGGAGCAACUGGGGAAGACUUUGACUUUGGGAGACAGAGACAAAUCAGAGGCAGGAAGAUUGCUUAAGCCCAGAAGUUGGAGAUCAGCCUUGGCAACAUAGUGAAACCCUGACUCUACAAAAAAAUUAAAAAGAAAAAUUGUUCUGGCCUGGUGGCAUACACAUGUAGUCUCAGCUACUUGGGAGGCUGAGUUGGGAGGAUUGCUUGAUCUGGGAUGUCAAGGCUGCAGUGAACUGAGAUCCCACCACUGCACUCCAGCCUGGUUAACACAGUGAAACCCUGUAUCAAAACAAAACAAAACAAAACAAAAUAAAAUAAGAUAAAAUAAAAUCAAAUCUUGUGACUCCUGAGUAGUAAGCAAGCUAGGGAACAAUGGCUGGUUAUUGCUUAAUGAUGCUUACAGCUUAACAGAAUUCAGGUCCUUACCGUAAUUUUAACCUUGUGGCCUUUCAUUAUUUUCACAGAGGCGGUUUCCAUCCUGAACAAAGAGGAGGUUAGUUUUAAGCAGGGACUAUUAUCAUCCUUGCUUUAAACUGUAAACUAAAUUCCUCCUAUAGUUAGCUUGGCCUACACGGAGGAAUGAACAUACGGACAGCUUAUGAGGUUAGUAGUGAGAUGAAGUCAGCUAUGUUAGAUUUCUCUCAGUCAUAUUAUUUGCAAAGGCAGUUUUACUGUUAUGGGAAAAAGCAGGACACUUUUGAGAAACCAAAUGUCAGAAGACAAAAUGAAAACAAAUUUAGUUUAAAGAUGUUAAUUGGCUUUAUUUAAGAUUCUAGAAUUGGACAACACUUCAUUCCAUAAAAUAGAAUGAGUGUUAUAGUGAGUGGACCAGAGGAGAUUGGCUUUAUAGAUAGAAAAGGGCCGAAGAAAAGAGAAACAAAGAACAAGAAGUGGAUUGGUCACUUCAAAGUUACUUUUCUAGUAAGGCAAGAACAGGGAAACAGCACAAUAAAAAAAUAACUAUUAAUAUCAGGUUACUUAAGUUUACUUAUUUUUGGGUAAGUGUUAAAGGAAGAAGGAACUUCAUUAUCUUGCUGCCUGGCCUAUUUUGGAAAUUUGGCUGUUAUUUUUCUCUCCUGAUUUAUUGGAAAGUCAGAUAACAACUUAGUUUUGAUUUGGUGACUGGGAACUUUAAUGCUUUGAUUUUGAUUUUUAGUGUAGUGUGUUGGGGCCUAGUGCAGGAGCUUAGCCCAAAACAGUAGAUUUCUAUCAUUUUUAUUUAACGUGAAAGCCCGUUGUGGCUAAGUGUAGACAGCAAGGAUGUAUGGAAAAAGAUGAAGUUAAGGAGAACAGAAAAUGCUAGGCCUUAGACCAUAUUAAGAAUAUUUGGUCUUUAAAAGCUGUGGGAAUUCAUUGAAAAUUCAUUAAAUUCAUUUUGAGCAGAGGAUGUGGGCUAACUAGAUUAGAUAGAUAUUUUGUAAAGAACAUUCAGAUUGCCUAGUGGAAAAUAGAUUAGAAGUGGUAGGCUGGGAGUGGGUUGUGCAACAGUAGAUGAAAGGAGAACAGUUAGAAAGCAAUUGUAUUUAUUGAAAGAGAUGGUGAUAGUUUAGAUAGAGUGUUAACAGUUUAAAUGGAGAGAGGUGGGCAGAUAUGAGGGGUUUUGAAUAUAAAAUAAACAGAAUCUGGUUAAGAGCUAGAUAUGGGAAGUGAAGAGAGGGAACUGUAAAGGUAGGUGUGUGGCCUUGUCGUAGGAUGAACAAGGACCCUGUUUUUUUUUUCCUUGAUAGAAGAUCACAUAUUUUUUUGGAUGUGUUUUUAGAUACUUUUCAGACAGCCAGAAUAGAGUUUCAAGAGUCAGUUAGAUACACUGUUUUGGAGCUCAGAGGUAAUGUCUGAGCAUGAGACAAAAAUUUACCAGAUUUAAUUCUUAUUAAGUCAUAACCCAUGUGAUACAGUCCUUGAGGAGUCUUAUAGUCAAAAGAACACAGUACAUUAAAACAACAAUUAUUUAAAAACAAUGCAAGUUCUUUAUGCAUUUCUCAAAACCAUGAAGGGACUCUUAAUUCCCAGCAGUACUCUCUAGUAUUGCUCUUGUUCCCUUUCUCAUCUUUUGUUUUCAUCAAAUGCAGCUGGUGUUCCAUUCUUUUUUCAAAAACUACUGAAGAAGCUACCCCUCUACUCUCAUCCAGGCUAGUUUUAUUCUAAUUCAUUCUUCUUCUUUUGUACUUUGCUCUGUAUUAUUUACGUUGAUGUAACGGUUCCUAUUUUGACAACAUAGGACCUUCCUUGCAGUGGAUGAUAGGGAAAGAAGCUGGUAGCAUAGAGCCAGAUGUUCCUUUGAUGCCUUAGGAAGAGGAAAGUCAGGGAACACUUAUGGGAACAAAGACCCAUUAAUGAUUUUUGUCAUGUAACUGAAUGAUCAGCAUGUAAGUAAAAAAACCAUGAGCCUAGAUGAAUUUUGCCUUGAGAAAAGAUACUUGAUCCUUGAGUAGUUGCAUCAUUUAAUGACUUGGUUUAGGAAGAUGAGCAUAGAGGAGACUGAUUAGGAUCUCUGUUGACAUCUGACUGGAACUUCUGAGCUAACUCUUGCUUUAGGCUGCAGCCUAGGCAUUUGUUUCUUUGAAAAGCCUUUUUUGACAUCUCAUUUCCAGGUUAGGUUCCGCUCCAGCAGGCACUGAUUGCCUAUUAUGGUCCUUAUCAUUGCUAUAAUUAUUUAUUUAAUUGCAUGUGGUCCCCAAUAGACUCUAACUUCUGGGAGGAUGAGAGACAAGUUCAUCAUUUUAAUCCCAGUAAGUGUAAUCUUUUAUGUAGUGGAUUGCAAUAAGCAUUUGUUUAAUUAAUUCAGGCAGGUAUUCUCAUUUGGCUCGUUAGGUUUCAUAUGUGUAUGUCAAUAUUUUCUACUUAGCUUACUGCCAAAAUAUAUAGAUCUGUUCUUUAGAAAACAACAUAAAAUAGCUGUACUCCAGGUUUUUAUAUCAGAUUAUGAGUCUGACCUCUCUGUCACCUAAUACCUAUAAAAAGUUUGAGGGGAAUAAAAUUUAUGAAGGACUGCAGUGUACUUGGACCAUAUAAUUUUCGCACUCUUAGAAUUACUCAUACUCAUGUUUCACUGUUACUCCAUAGCUUAUAUAGAGAAAUAUUAAAAGUAAUGCAACUUUGAAGCUCAUUAUUGUGUUUACUCCAGAGAUGGAGGAGGAAGUGGUAAUUUACUGUCUUAUCAGUUUAUGAGGACUAAUAGGAUUUUUUUUUUCAAAGUGCAGUAGCAGGAAGGCUUAUUUUGAAUGAUCAGGGUUUAGAUAUAUAUAUGUGCGUGUGUGUAAUUUUUGGUGGAUAUAGUGAAUGAUGCAACCAUUUAUGUUUCACUCUUGUAGUGGUUUUUAGGAAACUCAUUGGUAAAUUUUGUGGCCUGCUUAUAUUAAAGGAUGUAAACAUUUUAUGUCCUUUCUUUUGAGUGACAGUCAUACCACUGAUUAUACUUUUUUUGGACACAUUUUAUUCAGAUAGCUGUCUGAUCACACGUGAUCCAAGAACACUGAAAUAGUAAGUCAAAUAUAAUCAGAUGUUAAAGACUUGUUGUCAUACAUUAUAGGCAAUAGUGCAAUGCUUACUUAUGAUUGCUCCAAUAUAAAACCACAUUUAUACCUCAGUGGCCACUGAACCAUUCAGCACAGCUUCCUCAACUGUCAGCUGUUAGAAGCUAGCAGUGUGAGCACUGUUGACUAUUUUUUUCAGGCUCUGAAUAGCUGUCAGGAUCUCAGUAGGAGUUGGAGGAGUUAGCUCAACUUUGGCUUAGUAUCUAAAUGUGGCCAAUCUAGGCUUCAAAUAAGUCACAGCAGUGUUCACUGGCGCUGGAGCCUCCUCCUCCAGGUUCUAGACAAAUCAGACCAUGGUUUUAGGAUGAAAAAUCCAUGGCCCCAAAUGGCUAGCUAAUUAUACUUCUAAAAUUCCUCCUAUCUUUAUUGCUACCUUCAUCUCUUUCAUAUUUCCAUUUUUUUACUGUUUUACUUUCUGUACUAAUUUACCUUUGUAAGUAAUCUCAGAAUUUUUUAAAUUUAAUUUUUUUAAAAUUUUUCAUAUGGCAUGAAAAAAUUACUUGUAGACAUCUAUAACAUAAUGGAUCUCUCAUUGGUAAUUUGUUUGGGAACUGACUUGGUACUAACUUUGAUUUCUCUCACUGGAUUCCUAGACUGUCCAGGAUGUUAGGACUGGCUGUGGCCUGUGGAACACCUUGUCUUGUGCAUUCUAUUUCCUGAAUAAAGGGUCUUCUAUGUUUUCUCUGCAACGAGUGGUCUUUUGUUCCUCAUUUCUGUGGUCCUUUACCCAUUCUCCCAACCCAAUGUCGUUUGAAAGCUAUUUAAAAUUUAAAAAAAUUAUUAAUAUAAUUGCUUACAUUAUUACUCUGUGAUUUAAUAAACUGAGUUAGGUAAACUACAUAAUAAAAGUUAUUGUCCUCUUUUUCAUAUUGUGUUUUGUAAUUUUUUUGAAGAAUCAUUUAAAGCUUUAGAUUUAUUCUAGAAAAGUCUGUAAUUGAAUUAUACCGUGAUAAGCUAAAUCUGAAAAUGUAAGAAAGUUUCUGUGGGAUAGAUGUAUGAUGAUUUUAGGCUUUUCUUCACAUCUGAAUUUUGUUUCCACUGCAUUUUAAUGAGUUAGGAAAUAUGAGAUAUUUAAAUAUGGCUGGGUGAAGUUCAUUGAACACUUUAAUGUUGGUUAUAUUAUUUAUAUCCUCUAUGUAGUUUAAAAAACAACUAGCAUAUUUUAUAGAUAUAUUUGCAAGACUGAUUUUAAAAUAAUAUAUUUUCAUUGUUUUGUUAACAAAUCAAACUUUUCAAGCUGUUUGUGACUGUUAAACCUUUCUGGAAAGUUGUUCCAUAUCCUUCCGGUCAUCUAAAUUUAUCACAAGGUUUUAACUAAGAAGGUUGGUGAACCCUCUUCCCUUUUGAUCUUGCAUCCUGGCGAGUGCUUGGAUAUUUCUUGUGUAAGAAAAGUUUUGGUAGAUGAGUCAGUCCACUGAGUCAUAGGCAGCAUGAAGCCUCUAGUGUUCUAUACUAACUAAUUGGAAACAGUUUCAAAAUUAAUUAAGGCACAGUUGUCAGCUCAGUGUUACUGAUUGACAUCCCACCAAAGUAUUUUGUCUUUUGGCAACUUGCUUAAUUGUUCUUUGGUAUUUAGAUUUUUGUUUUGCUUUAUAUAUUUUUAAAAAUCUGUUGAAUAGACCUGUAGUUACCAUGUUGAUUUUUAUUUUUUAGAAUCCUGUAAUGAACCCUGUGUCAUUGUGAUUAAUUUCUUCCUUGUUUGAUGCCUUUUUUCUCUUAAAAAACAUUCAAUACAAUAUCUUUUCUUUUUAUCUUGCUAAUUUAUCAGUCUAUGAGAAAGUGUGUUAUGCCUCACACAAACUAGUUUAUAAGUAAUAGCAUAUUGAUUUGUUCAAUAAUAGCCCACUAUCCAAUUAAACAUUACGUUUUACUUAAUAAAAAACAAAUUAAGUGGCUUGCUUACAUUCCUUUACAUUGCAUUAAUUUGACUUUAAUAAAUUCAUUAAAAAUGACAUUUUUAAAAGUCUUUUCCUUCAUUAGGUUCAUAUUUGUUUAAAAUAAAGAAUUUGAAAGAAAGUAUUUCAUUUAUAUAAAGAAUUUUGCAAAGAGGGAUUGAUUAGGUGUUCUUCAUGUUUACAGAAGAAUAAACAAAAGUAAAUCAAGACCAGGAAGGUAUUUUGGCUUAAGAGAGCAAGUAUGUUCUGGCAAAAUGAUAAAAUGCUAGAAAGGAUUACUAAAGAAGAAGAGAAGAGAACUCACAUAUUAAAUACCUGAUAGGUUUCAGGCACUUUAUAUAUAUUAUUUUUCUAAAUCCUUCUGGCAUCUCUGAGAUGGGAAUUAUUUACCUAUAAUCAAAUGUGGAUCUUGAAGCCUCAACAAUAUCUGUAUAAUAAACACCUAAGGCAAUCUACAACAGCAUUUUAGUGUGCUGUCUAGUGCCAGAUUCAGGCGUUAUGCUAAAGGAAAAUUCAGGAGAAGCAUUUGAUCUAGUUACAGAGUAGACAAUCUUUAGGGCAAAAAGUGGAUUACACAUCUUUCAGUCAUUCCUCUGAAAUAUUUCUUUUGAAGUUAUUAAUUGAAAUUGAGACACAUUUUAUAAUUGAUGACAUGUUAUAAUUUAAUUGGCAGUACCUUUUCUUCAUAGUAUAUAAAAUUAAUGCUGCAUCUCAUAAUCAGUAUCAUCUUAGAUUUGAUAGAGUACAGUAGAUGGUCAUUCUUUGAUGGAAUACAGUAUAUCAUCUUUAUCACUCCUUAGGAAAUUUUAAGAACAGCGGUAACCUAUUGGGUUUUUGUUCAUUAUCCCUAAGUUUUGAUGAGAUGAUCUUUGAAAAAUUCUGUAGUCAAAUGUGUUUUAAAAACACAGCAUAAUCUAUCCUUCUCUUGGAGAUUUCCCGUGCAUACUAGCAUGUAAGAAUUCUAGCAAAAAAACAUUUUUCCUUUGUUUAACCCAUUGUACAAACUUAUUUGAUCAUAUAUUUCCUCCACCCUGACAAACUCUUUUUUACUUACCUAGUUUUCUAAGGACAUUAUGAAUGUGCCUGAGGAGUUUAAUGCUCUAUCUAACUUUGGGAAAUGCUGGGUUACUUGGUUUUUUACCUAAAAUUGAGUAUUACCAGUUAGAGUCUAAAUCUUUCUGAGGGUCCACACAGUUUUCUCUUCAGUCUUCUUAUCCAACCUCAUUUUAUUCAUGUAUAUUUUGUUCAUAGAUUGGCCAGAACCACAUUACCAAUUUCUUAUUCUUUUGUUUCAACUUUUACUUCUUGAGUCAUAUCUUGGUAUAUAGUUUUUCAUUUGCUAGCAAAUUGUGAUGUUUGAAAUUUAUUAACUGGAUGUUUAGAGUUUCAUUAAAGAUUCUAAACAGAGAAUUAAUGGUCAUGUAUAAAUUGGAAAGGAAAGAAAUCAUUUUUUCUGGCAUUUUAUGAUACCUAAAAGUCAGUAGGUUAUGGUAGCCUUAUUUCCAUGUUACACUGAUUGCUCCAAAGGUACAACAUUUUUCAUCUACAAAGACUCUCUGGAGAGUAAGUCUCUAUUCCCUGCUAUUUUUCUUGUUUCUUUCUUUACUCCCUGGCCUUCACAUCUUCUUCCUUCGCCACUUCCCUCUACCUUCUCUCAAAAAUCUGGACUCAACUUAUUUACUGAUUCUAUGUUCUGUCAGCAUUAUUUAAUUCUGUAAUAUUGGGUCAUGCUUAUUUCCAAUUGUAUUUUCCAUUUUUGUAAUUUUGCUUCUCUAGCCCUAGUUUUAGCACUUUACAAGAGAACUUGUCUAAGUCUUUGGCUUUUUAUACCUAAGCUAAAUGAGCUUCUAUUUACCAAUUUCCCUGAUUGUCACAGUAGUUUAUCACAUUUAAGUCACCAAUGGAUUGAGAUAAACUGAUUUUAUUUCAACUUUUUCAAAAUUCUUCCUUACCUAUGGUAUUUGUAGUCAUGGUCUAUGCUUGUGGUGGUCAGUCCUGUCAAGUAGUAUUCUUAAGUUUGUUUUGUUCCUAUCACUGUGCUAACCAUCUUAGACUUUAUAUAUUCUGUGUUUUUAAACACUCUGAUCUCAGUGAGGAAAACCCCAUUAAUUUAUAACUUACUGCAUUUGUAGCAUAAUAAUACUGCAUUAAAAGGAUGGGAAAUGAGAAUAGAAAUGUGGAUUGGUACCACAUUGUGUAGCAGUUUGACUGCCAGACAAAGACACUGCUAGGCUAAGGCAGCUUUUGAGAAAGGGAAUAAUACACUUUAUUUUUCCUGUUCUGCCAUGUAGUUAGCUUAAACACUUGAAUUAUUUCAAGUAGGAGCUUGGUACUUUAUCAUCACGUCUUCUGGACUUCAAUUCAUUUUCUGAUUUUUUUUUUUUUUUUUUUAGCCAUUUCUACUUUGAAGAACCUAUGUAAUAGGAUUUUUCUGAUAAUUAGAGGUUGUUCAUAAAGUGUUUAAAAAACAGUACUUGGCACAGACAGAGAUGAUAAUAUAAUGACAAAAAUACUGGAUUAUGGAUGUAGCUGAAGUGUGUGUGUGUUUAUGUGGCAGGGGUGAGUGGUGGGUGUUGAACUACCAGAUGUGCUCUAAUCUAGCCAAACUAGCCAUGUAUCAGAUGUACCACACCAGGGCCAUUCUUGCAGUUUACAUUUUUUAGACUGGAAAUCAAGAGACCUGGGUUCUUAACCCAACUCUGUGUUACUUUGCAGGUUACGUUUCCUUCUAGGCCAUGGUGCCUUCAUAAAUAAAAUAAUGAAUUUGGAUUAGGUAAUUAUUAGAUUUAAAAUAUAUGAUUCUUUAGGGAUAGGCAAGGAGUGGCUGAGGAUCCAUUAAGGAGAACAUGUAAGUAGGAUCAUCUCUUUUAUCUCAUUGCAUUGUUUCUGAUGGAUUACCCAAAACCGAACUGGUAUAUGACUUCGGAAUUCAUCUGCUUCCCAUAGAAAUUUAUUUUCGAUACAAAAAGGCCUAUAUAAAAAAGCACUAUAACAAAACAGUAGUUAAAUUUUAUUUAAAAUAUAUUUGCAUUUCUCAAAUUGAGAGUCAAUAAAGAAAAUUCUGAGGCAAGAAAACAUCUCUGAGAUGUUUUGCAAUUGGAAACACUCAUUGAGACAACUGAGGAAUUUAGAAAAAUAAAUUGAAUAAUAUUUGAUAAAUUUACAUUCUCAGCAAACCCAGGGCCCAAUGUCGCUUCUUUGAAUUUCAAAUAUAGGAACUAUAGGCCUGCCAUUACUCGGGGUACAUCUCUUGGGAAGGCAGUCCUAAACUCCUGGUCAGAUGAAGUUUGAAAGGUUUAAUCAGUUCUUAUCCACUGCACCCCAGCCCUCCAAUCUCCUACAGUGCUCUUUUGUGUCUUAUUGUCAACAGAGUGGGGCUAGAAGAUUUCCAGGAUAACUUUCAAUUUAUUAGUUAUACUACAUUAGUAUAGUAUUGAUCUUUUUUCGUUUGGCUUUUGUGUUUCAUUUGUUCUUUUGUUUUCUCUUUUCUGUUGCCUAUUUUCUAUAUUCUUUCUUCUUGUUACUGUCUACUUAGGCCAUGAAAUUGAGGUGGAUUUGUGUGAGAGAUUUUGAGGGAACAAAGGAAUUGGACUGAUAAAGCUUCACUAACACCUCUUCCUCAAACAAACACACAAACUAACAUUUAUUAUUUUGAAUAUGGAGAGGGAGGAGACAAUGAGAAGAAAAUUAAAAGGAGAGAAGGUGAGGAUAUUGAAUUGGAAAGGUAUUUUAAAAAUAUCUGUACUAACUUUAAAAUGGGGGUGAUUUUAAAAAAUGAAAAAUCCCUCUCCUUUAUACACAUAUCGCCUGUGUGAUAGGAAAAAAACCCUAAUAUUUAUAUAAUUUCAUUCUGAAGGAAAGAGCUUUGUUGCUCUCGCCUUCUAGUUAUCAGUUUAGAAAUCCUGCUCAUUAGGGUUGGAAUGUUAAAACCAAGAAAAUCAUUGCUGCCUAUUCAAGAGUUGAGACUUUAGCUUACUUUUCUAUGAGUCUUUAUUUAUCAAAGGUAUUCUCAGGAGGUAAUGAUGAACCUGAAACUGUUCCAGCCUGUGCUGAAAUACUCCCACACCAUGUUGUUGGAAUAGAUUUAAGCACUCUUUGUAAACCCAUGCCAGAAAGUUCUUCCCAUUGGAAGUUUUUGCCAUCAGUUAGAUUAAGAGGAGGAAAUUCCCAUCUAUUCAGAGGCAACAGUGACCAAAAAAAAAAAAAAAGAAAAGGAAAAAAAGGUAAUAGGGAAAGUUUUUUCCAUGCUUUUUGUGAUGAAAGGUUUUCAUUGGGAUGAAUUGUUUUCACAUGAAAAAUAUUUUGAUCUGAUGUUCAAAAGAUGUAUUUGGACCUAAAUUAAAAACAAAGUUAUAACUCUAAAUAUUAUACUAUAUAUAAUUUACUUGUUUUGGUUGGUAUUUGGAUUUAAAACUAUUAGCAUACUUGACUGCUUACUAUUCACCCCUGUCCCUUCUUUAAAAUAUCAUACGCCCACCUUCUCGUCUCUUACCGUGCUGACUGCAAGAACCUGUUAAUUGGCCACUUACUUUCAAUAUAUCUUUUAAUUUGCUGUUAUAUGGAUCUAACUUUAGACCUGAUCACAUCAUUUUCUAGGGUAAUGGUUUGCAAAUUACUGGCAAAAUGUACAAAGUUCCUUUACCACCAGGCCCAUUUUGCCUCUUCAACCUCCCCUUCUGCCAACAUGCCUUACUUCCUACUUGAUAACCAUAUGAGGCACAUAAUUUUCUUUUCAGGUCUCUGACUUUGCACUUGCUUCUGUCCAUUCUUUCUUCCAUGAUGACAUUUAUUGCACUGUUCACUACCCUGUUUGCUCUUUCUUCCAGGAUGGAGUUAUUACACUUUUUGUCAUUGUCUCUUAACUUGCCUGUUUCCUCUUUAAAACUAUGGAGGGUUCAUACCUACUUUAUAUAUUUCUAGCAUUUAGCACAGUACCUCAUUCAAUAACAGUUUAUUGCAUUACUGUCCCUCCUUCUGUAUCUUGUAAAUUUCUGAGUGUCUCAGCCCAACAAGGUUUAGAAUCUUAAGUAGGCUUAUGGCUGUUCUUUAAGACCUGUCAAUUUCCUGAGUGUUCCCCUAAAAAAUUCUUUAAUUUUUAUACCCACUGUUAUUGGUCCCACCCUUUUCCUUCAGAUUUCAAUAAUCAAAUACAGUUAUUUGCCUCUGAAAUAAAGAAGGUCAAUUCCCAGCAUGAGUGCCUGGUUUAUUUAUACUAUAUAACACUAGUUAGUGGAUCUUGUAUUUCUACUUUUAUUUCCCAAGACUUUUAGACUUUCCCUUCUGUCUCCUGGACCACACCUGCUACUUUAUAUACAUUUUAGACAGGUGAACUGAGAUUUGGAGGAGUGAAAUGAGUUGCCCAAGAUCAUGGAGCUAGGAAGUGAUAUAAUUAGUUUUAUAUGUCCUCAAAGCCUAUGUGUGCUUUUUUUUUAAAUUAAUUGCAGCACACUGCUAACCUCAUAAGCACUAGGCCUAAGCUGCUGUCUUAAAUUAUGUACUAAUGUCUCUUAUGUUGAAUUCAUUUCUCAUUUCCAAAUGGAUGGCGAGGAGGAAGUAGGUUUUAGGAUAUAAAUUUUUUCUUUUUAGUCAAUUUUGAUGAAAGGAAUUCGUUUAUGUAUUUAGUGAUAGCCAUAUGAUGGUCACUAAAUUUUGUUUUGUAAAUAUAGUUUGACAGAGAAAAAGGGAAAAAAUAUUAGGAAACAUUUCUUUUUUUUAACUCACAGUCUUUGAGGGCCUUUUUUUUUUGUACAUUGCAAAAUAAUUUUGAAAAAGUAAAAUACAGCCAUCUCUUAGUGUCCAUGAGGGAUUGGUUCCAGGAUCCCCUUGGAUACCAAAAUCCGAAGAUACUCAAGUCCCUUAUAUAAAAUGAUGUCGUAUUUGUAUAUAACUGUUACAGGAAAGGGGUCCGUAUCCAGACCUCAAGAGAGGGUUCUUAGAUCUAGUGCAAGAAAGAAUUAGAAAGGAAUAAAAGAAUGGCUACUCUAUAGGCAGAGCAGCCCUGAGGGCUGGGGUUUGGCUAUUUUUUAUUGUUAUUUCUUGAUUAUAUCCUAAACAAGGGUAGAUUAUUCAUGAGUUUUCUGGGAAAGGGGUGGGCAGUUCCCAGAACAGGGAUUCCUCCCCUUUUUAGACCAUAUAGGGUAACUUCAUUAUGUUGCCAUGGCAUUUGCAAACUGUCACGGUGCUGGUGGGAGUGUCUUUUAGCAUGCAAAUGUAUUAUAAUUAGCAUAUAAUGUGCAGUGAGGAGGACCAGAGGUCACUUUCAUGGCCAUCUUGGUUUUCGUGGGUUUGGGCCAGCUUCUUUACAGCACCUUGUUUUAUCAGCAUGGUCUUUGUGACUAUAUCUUGUGCCGACCUCCUGUUUCAUCCUGUGACUUACAAUGUCUAACCUCCUGUGUCUCAGCCUUAUUUUACCCAGCUCCUAUUCAAGAUGGUUUCACUCUGGUUCGAAUACCUCUGACAUAACUACACACAUCCUCCCUUUAAAUCAUCUCUAGAUUACUUAUAAUAUCUAAUACAAAUCCCUCUCCAUCCCUUUAUUCCAGUGGGAUUCAACAUAGUACUCUCCAUGCUGGCAAAUUCAAGUUUUGGUUUUUGGAAUUUUCUGGAAUGUUUCUUUCAGAAUAUUUUUGAUCCUUGGUUAGUUGAAUCCAUGGAUGGGAAACCCAUUAAUGUGGAGGGCUGCUAUAAUCUAAUGUGUGAUUUACACAGUUGGGAUUGGAUAAAUGGAGAGAGAGUGAAUAGAUAAAAGAAAAAUUUGAAAUACAUAGGUAGAUGAGCCCAUGAAAAUAUUAGUCUGUUGGUUGCUUGUAAGAAAAUAAAGAAUUAGAAAACUUCAUUUUACUGUUAUACCUAAGUUUUGUUUGAGUGACCCAGUCUACUGAGUGGGCAAAGAAUGUGCUUAGAACAUGAUGGAAUUGGCAUUUAGAAAAUCCAACAGAUAAAAUAUUAUACUCACUGACUCAUGAAACAGAAACAAUUAAGGUCCCAAUUUAGCAUUCUAAAUUGUCCAGAUUCUGGACAGAGGAUCUAAUCGUUAGGCUCAUUUUACAAAUAUCCAUGUGGUAGAGUUGGAAGGAUGAGCUAAGUGCAGAAAUCAGUAGUGCUGGGAAAAGUUCUGGUUUAAAAUUUGAGCCUCUGUUAAUCUCUAUAAAUUGACUCAUUUACAUUUUAAUGUAAAUUUCUAAAUAUCAAUUGAAAUAAUGGAGCUGUUUGAAUUUUCAAAGUGGGUUCUUACCUGAUUUUUCUGUUAUUGAUUCUUUCAUGUGUAACUCAUAAGUGCAAAGUUUAUCUUAAUUUCAGAGGAGCUGGAAAGGAAAUUAGGAGGUACAACCCGUAAUUGAAGGGGAGAUUCUAGCAUAGUGGUUAACAACACAGGCUGUGGAGCCAGACUGCUUGAGGACAAAUCUAUGUUCUUUCUCUUUCUUGUUACUUGCUUUAUGAUCUUGGACAAGCCACUUGAUUUCCCAUUGCUUUUGUUUUCUCAUUUGUACGAUGUGGACAGUAUAAUACCUAACUUAUAGGGUAGUAAGUUCUUGGUAAAUCUUAACAAUUUGUAGUUCUGCCUUGCCAUUAACGUGUUCUGUUAUCUUUGGCAAGUCACUUUAUAUCUUUGGGCUUUGUUUAUUAAUUUUGUAUGAGGGUAUAAAUAAGGUCUAGUUUACCUUCUAGUUCUAGAACUGAUUUUAAUAGAAUAAAAUGGCAUAUCACAACUUAUAGAAUAAGUGUAUGAAAAAUAUAUAAAUUUUGUUAUUAGAUAAGUACUUGAAUAAAUAAAGUUGUAAUGUCAGAGGUCUGUGACUUAGUACUGUGUCACUUUGGACAAGUUUGUUGGCUUCUUUAAGCUUUAUUAGUUUUACCUAUAAAAUAGGAUAGUAAGAACUCUCUCAUACAAGGAUUGUGCUGAUUUUAAGAAAUGACACCUGCAAAAUGUCAAUUAUAAUGCCUGAUUAUGUAGUAUGUAGUUAAUAAUGCUACUGCCCUUAAAUCCCUUUUACACAUGGUCUCUAUUUUUCUCAGUUCUCUCUCACAAAGGAAUGUCUCUCUAAUUUAUACAUUUGAAUUUGUGCGAUUCUCAGUAUAGGAUGAUUUUAGCGUAUGACUUAAGUGAAUUUGUGAGACAAAACUGGGAAAGUUUUAUCCAGUUCUUUGUGGAAGGAAGAGCCAUUAAGAAACUAUAAAAGAUAGAAGUUUCUCCUAAUGGGAUUUAUUUUGGCAGGAUCAGGAUUGAGAAUACAAGGAAAAGAGAAUUAAGAAAGCAGGUUAAAGGUAAGGUGUUCUCUAGAUGUCUGCAGCAUUAAGGUAGCAUUUUAUGGGAAAACUGGUCCCAGCUUCUUUCUAUCUCAUUCCUUUAUUUUGUUAAGGUUUUUCUCUGGUUUAGGAUUGUAUUAGAUCCAAUACAUCCCCAUUCAUAAAGAUUUUUAGGAUGUAAUGCUCUCCAAUAGGAAUAUGGCAUUGUUUCUUUAACUAGUUUUGUUAGGCAUUGAAGAAACAACAACUAACUUUUCUAAGUUUCAGCAUCUUCUUUACAAGGGGUGGAGGAGAGAACGGGAUUAAACUAGAUGAUUUAAAUGUUUUCCAGCUGUAAAAUGUUAUGGUUCCUAUUAUUAAUCUAAGUGUGUUGCUCUACACGUGCAAUCAACCUUAGAAAAUGCUACCUUUAUUCCAACUAAAUUGCCUUUAGAGCCAAUUCUUGAUCUAUCCAGGAACAUGGACCUUAUUACUUUACGGCCUCAAUAAUGCAUCCUUUCUCUCUUUACUUUUAACUUUGUUAGAAUUCACUGUCUUUUCCUUCCCACCUCUGCCAGGUUUCUGGAGUGCUCUGUUUGAAUUAAUGGCCUAUGGACUUUCUUAACAGAGAUGAGAGGGAGAGGGUAGGGAGACCAUAUUGCAUAUGGGAUCUGUAGGUUUGUGUGAAGGCCAGGGAAGAAAGGGCAAUGCAGGGAGGAGGACAAGAGGUUAGGUCUUGGAUAAAGACUGUGUGAGUUCAAAUUCUGGCUUUUUUGUGUGCCUCAAUUUCUUUGAGUAUAAUGAGGAUAAUAACUCCCAUAGGACUGUAUUAAUGAGAUUAUGUAUUUGGUAAUGAUCUUAAGACAAUGCUUCAUUCUUAGUAAGCAUUAAAUAAAUGGUAGCUAGUAUUAACAAUUAUUUUUUUAAAGGGUUUUUACUAAGAACCUUAUAAGGAUUACAUCAGGAAGCAGGCCAUCCCUGUAAGAUCACUUAUAUGCCAUUUGAGAGUAAGUACGGUAAUUAAUAGCGCAGUCUUCAUUUUGUGUGGUAAACGUGACUUAGCAGAAACUAAUACGACUGAAGUUGAAGACUGAAUAAAUGUAAAUUUCUUCUUUAGGAUUAAUAUUUUGCUUGGAAAGUUUUGUAUAUUCCCAUGUGUGUCUAAUGUGUUAUUAUUCUUUAUACUUUAGAGCCUAAAAUAUACCCUAGGAUGGGAAAUAAGAUUUGGAAGUCACCUCAUAAAAAAAUAUCAUUCAUCCCUUGUCCUUUACAGAAGACAUGAUCCUGAAAGGUACCCAGUUGAGGAAGAAGUAGGAGUUGAGGACCUGAAAUCCCUAUUAAGUCAUAUAUAAUUUGAGACAUUUUCUAUUUUUAAAACAACUAAAAUGGUUAGAAAUUUAUCUUUCUAUUCAUGUCAUAAAUGCAUUCCAUGUUUUUGAGACUUCAACAUAAAUAAAUUUCAGUAUGUUAAGAAAGUGUGUAUUUAGUUCAAGAUGCCAUAAUUGUUCCUGACGGUAGAUAUUCAGUACAACAGAAUCUCAGAAGCCUUUAAAAAUGACCUUUUCAAAUAGAUAAAUAUCUUUGCCCAUAAACAUUUAUGUCAUUACUUUGUAGAUGUUUUAAGUCACUUUUGUUUUUCUUCUGAAGUGUUAAAAAUUACCAGUGGCUUUAUUCCCAGGGAGAAGGGAAAGGGAAUGAGAUAACCAAACAUGUGUACAAGGUUAGUUUUUUAGAUGAUACAAACUCCAAAAAUUAUUAUUUUUAUGAGCUUUCAAAUUUGCCUGUAGGCAAAUUUGUUUCAUUUCUGUGUUAUAAGAUUAUGUAUAUUAACUGAAAAACUUAAAAAUGAUAGUAUAGACAAUUAUUUUAUACUUUGGUAGCUUUACCAACAAAUCCAUUGGAUCCACCCAGGAGAUAAUGGCCUUGAAACACAAAUAAAGACACAGAAAAAUAUCUUUGACAGCAAGAGAUUGCAAAAACAGACACUUUAAAUUGUUUCUGAAAACAUGGUUGUUUAAUCUGUGAUAGAUAUAAGAUAAAUGGUAUUUAACCCUUAUUCCUGAAAUCAUAAACUCUUUAUUUUUUUAUUUGCGAAAGGUCUUACGAUUCUUACUUGCAGGCCCUGUGAUGGCUAAUACUGAGUGUCAACUUGAUUGGAUUGAAGGAUGCAAAGUAUUGAUCCUGGGAGAGGUAUUCCUUCUAAGGUGAAGGAUAAGUUGCUGUAUUUGGCCUCUCCUACAUCCAAAAAAGAGGCACAAUGCUUUGUAGACCUAUUUGCAUUUUGGAGGCAACACAUUCCUCAUUUGGGUGUGUUACUCCAGCCCAUUUAUUGAGUGACCUGAAAGGCCGCCAGUUUUGAGUGGGGUCCAGAACAACAGAAGGUUCUGCAAGAGGUCCAGGCUGCUGUGCAUGCUGCUCUGCCACUUGGGCAAUAUGACCCAGCAGAUCCAAUGGUGCUUAAGGCAUCAGUGGCAGAUACGGAUGCUGUUUGGAGCCUUUGGCAGGCCCCCCAUAGGUGAAUCACAGAGGAGGCCGCUAGGAUUUUGGAGCAAGGCCCUGACAUCUUCUGCAGAUAACUGCUCCCCUUUUGAGAGACAGCUCUUGGCCUGUUACUAGGCAUUGGUGGAAACUGAACAUUUGACUAUAUGUCAUUACCAUGUGACCUGAACUGCCUAGCAUGAACUGGGUACUUUCUGGCCCAUCUAGUUUUAAUUGGGUCAUGCACAGGAGCAUUCCAUCAUCAAAUGGAAGUGGUAUCUACGUGAUCGGGCUCGAGCAGGUCCUGAAGGCACAAGUAAUUUACAUGAGGAAGUGGCGUAAAUGCCCAUGGUCCACACUCCUGCCACCCAGCCUUCUCUCCCCAAGCCUGCACUGAUGGCCUCCUGGGGAGUUACCUAUGAUCAGUUGACAGCGGAAGAGAAGGCUAGAGCCUGGUUCACAGAUAGUUCUGCACGAUACUGAGGCACCACCUGAAAGUGGACAGCUGCUGCACUACAGCCCUUUUCUAGGACAUCCCUGAAGGAUGGCGGUGAAGGGAAAUCUUCCCAGUGGGCAGAACUUCAAGCAGUGCACCUGGUUGUGCACUUUGAAUGGAAGGAGAAAUGACCAGAUGUGCGAUUAUAUACAGAUUCACGGGCUGUAGCCAGUGGUUUGGCUGGAUGGUCUGGGACUUGAAAGAAGCAUGAUUGGAAAAUUGGUGAUGAAGAAAUAUGGGGAAGAGGUAUGUGGAUGGACCUCUUUAAGUGGUCAAAAACUGUGAAGAUAUUUGUCUCAUGUGAGUGCUCACCAACGGGUGAUCCCAGCAGAGGAGGAUUUUAAUAAUCAGGUGGAUAGGAUGACCCAUUCUGUGGACAUCUUCAGCCUCUUUCCCCAGCCACUCCUGUCAUCAUGCAAUGGGCCCAUGAACAAAAUGGCCAUAGUGGCAGGAAUGGAGUUUAUGCAUGGGCUUAGCAAGGUGGACUUCCACUCACCAAGGCUGACCUGGCUAUGGCCACUGCUGAGUGCCCAGUUUGUCAGCAGUAGAGACCAACACCAAACCCUUGAUAUGGCACCAUUCCUUGGUGUGAUCAGCCAGCUACCUGGUGGCAGGUUGAUUAUAUUGGACCUCUUCCAUCAUGGAAUGGGCAGAGGUUUGUCCUCACUGGAAUAGACACUUAUUCCAGGUAUGGGUUUGACUGUCCUGCACACAAUGCUUCUGCCAAGACUACCAUCCAUGGACUUACAGAAUGCCUUAUCCAACGUCGUGGUAUUCCACACGGCAUUGCCUCUGAUCAAGGCACUCACUUUAUGGCUUAAGAAGUGCAGCAGUGGGCUCAUGCUCAUGGAAUUUACUGGUCUUACCAUCUUCCCCAUCAUCUUGAAGCAGCUGGAUUAGUAGAAUGGUGGAAUGGCCUUUUGAAGUCACAAUUACAAUGCCAACUAGGUGACAGUCCUUUGCAGGGCUGGGGCAAAGUUCUCCAGAAGGCUGUGUAUGCUCUGAAUCAGUGUCCAAUAUAUGGUACUGUUUCUCCCAUAGCUGGGAUUCACAGGUCCAGGAAUCAAGGGGUGGAAGUGGAAGUGGCACCACUUACCAUCAACCCUAGUGAUACACUAGCAAAAUUUUUGCUUCCAGUUCCCGUGACAUUACAUUCUGCUGGCACAGAGGUCUUAGUUCUAGAGGGAGGAACGCUGCCACCAGGAGACACAACAACAAUUCCAUUAAACUGGAACUUAAGAUUGCUACCUGGACACGUUGGGUUCCUCCUACCUUUAAGUGAAGAGGCUAAGAAGGGAGAUAGAGUGUUGGCUGGGGUGAUUGACCUGGACUAUGAAGAUGAAAUCAGCUUACUGCACUGCCACGGAGAUUUUUCUAGAUAUGACAUUUGGUUCGGGAGGGCACACAAAAGCCAUUCUGCAGAAGGAGUCAGAUAUUGUUCUGUAUGCCUUGGACAGAGACCCGACAGCUUAUGCAUUAGCUGAACAUCUUUCAGAGUUGUAUCCUAAACAAAUCCGAGCUAUGCUGGGCCAGUUCAGCCAGGCAGAAGCCUUAUUAAUGAAAGCUGGAGUGCAGCCAGGAACUUUUGAUGGAGUUCUUAUGGAUCUUGGGUGUUCCUCCAUGCAACUUGAUACUCCUGAAAGAGGUUUUUCCCUUCGGAAAGAUGGCCCUUUGGACAUGAGAAUGGAUGGUGGCAGGUACCCUGACAUGCCCACUGCUGCUGAUGUUGUGAAUGCUUUAGAUCAACAGGCACUUGCAUCUAUCCUAAGAACAUACGGAGAGGAGAAGCAUGCCAAGAAAAUCGCUUCAGCGAUUGUUCAGGCACGCAGCAUCUACCCCAUCACCAGAACCCAGCAGCUUGCCAGCAUCGUUGCAGGUGCAUUUCCUCCUUCUGCUAUUUAUGCACGGAAAGACUUACUACAGCGAUCUACCCAUAUUGCCACCAAGACUUUCCAGGCUGUUCGCAUAUUUGUGAACAAUGAGCUCAAUGAACUCUACAUGGGACUGAAGACAGCUCAGAAGUUUCUGAGACCUGGUGGUCGUCUUGUUGCCCUCUCCUUCCAUUCACUAGAGGAUCGCAUCAUCAAAAGAUUUUUGCUUGGAAUAAGCAUGACAGAAAGAUUUAACCUAAGUGUUAGACAACAAGUGAUGAAAACAUCGCAGUUGGGUUCAGAUCAUGAAAACACGGAAGAAGUCUCUAAGAGAAGAGCUCCUUUAAUGUGGGAAUUGAUACACAAGAAGGUACUUAGUCCACAAGAUCAGGAUGUACAAGAUAACCCCAGAGCGCGCUCAGCCAAGCUUAGAGCAGCUAUCAAAUUAUAAGUUACCAUCAUCUUAUUCUUCAAAAUUUUUCUCACAAUUUCUCUAAUCUUUACUCAUGUUAUUUUCCUGAAUGUCUUUGUAUAGGUUUAAGUGUGGGACAGUCUGAAAAUUGAUAGCAUUUAGCAUUUCUUUUUUCUCAAAAAGAAACUGUAGGAAAUACAUGACAGAGAAAGUUACACUCAGGGAGCAGCAGCACCUCCAGACUGGAAAAAUGUGUUAAUCUUUGCAUCAUAUUGGACUCUUGAAAGGCAAUCCUUCCUCUGGCCAGGAAAUUUUUUUAAAAAUAAUACUAUGUUGUGUUUAUCUAAAUACAUAAACUCAAGCUGCCAAAGAGGAAGAUAUUGUAAUCGUAUCUGCAUGUCCUAAAUUUUGAAUUUAGAUAUUCCAAUUUGCAUCAGUCUUUCUGUGGCUCAAAUAAUGAUGAUUAUGGAAUGAAUUUUAAUGUCCCUACUUGUGAAUAAUUAGCUUUCUCAAAUGUAGGCUUUUUACAAAUUUUAAAUUUUAAAAUGUUAGUUUAAAUGUGUGUUAUACUGAUAAAAUUUCAUCUUUCAAAUUAUAGUAUAUUAUUUUAAAGGGAUUUUUCAGUAUGAUAUGGGCCAUUUUGUUCAUAUAUUGCAAAGUAAAAAUGUAAAAUCCUUACAGAGAAUUGUUUCACAAACUUAUAUUUCAUGUCAAUUGUAUUUAUUUUAAUAACAGCUCACAAUGCCUUUAGUAAGUAAUAAAGUCUCUUACUAGAAUCUUGUAUUUUUUAAUUGAGCUAAUCAAAAUAAUUCAGCCAAGUCUAUUUGAAAUAGAAAACUAUCUAUUUAAUAUAGUAAAAUCAAUGCUCCCUUAAUGUUGUUACAAAGAUAUGGUAACUGUAAUAUGGGUAAAAGUUUAUUCAAGAAAAGAGUACUUGGUAGAAGAUUCUUUAACAAAUUGAGGAGAUUGAUUCAUAAUUCACAUGUCAACUUUUUAUAGUAAUAUGUACUUCUAAUUUAUUAUUUAUACUUGAAUUGUGACCUGAAAGAUGAGUUGGAGAUAAUUAGUCAAAGGGCACAUGGAGUAUGGAAGGCGGCAUGUUGAUUAACCAUACAUAGAAAUAAAUAUUCUCUUAGUUAUCCUUGAAACCAUAUUUAUACUAUUAAUUUGCUCAGUGUGCUUUUUUCAAAUACAGAAAAAAGAUUUUCCAUUAUAGUUACAAAUUUUAAAUUGGUGAAUCCAAGUGAAUGAAAUAUCAGCAUAACUAUAUGGGCAAAACAGAUAGAAUUAAAUGCAUGAAUUUUCCUCAGACUUAUUUUAUCUACCUCUGUAAUAUUUAACUUUAGUACCCAGGUUGUUCACUACUUCUGCUUUACAGGCUUUAUUUAAAUCUGAACAAUCCUACAGGGAAAUCAGAAUUAGGAAAAAAAUCUGGAGAACAAUAUGCUUGAAAUAGAAACAAGAGAAUGCACCUAGGUUAAUUCCCUGAAUCCUACUUGAACAAUGUAUAAAUUUCUCUUUGCAUAUAAUACGUAUUUGUGAAUGAGACGUAUUUCCAAAAAAUUCUCAUCUCUGUAUGUGAUUGGAAAAUAAAAGAUCACAUUUGUAUAUUCAACAAUAUUUCACCUAUUUCAUAAGUCAUUUUUUCCAUCCUGUAUAGUAUGGGAAUUAUUUUUUAUGUUAAAUAGAAACUGAAGGUACUGGGUUGAACGGUGUCCUCUCCAAAAUUCAUGUAGUUCCUGGAGCCUCAGAAUGUGACCUUAUUUGGAAAUACUGUGAUUGUGGUUGUAAGUAGCUAAGAUGAGGUCAUACUGGAGCAGGGCAGGCCCUUAAUCCAACAUGACUGGUGUUCCUUAUAAGAGAAGAUAGGGCGGGCAUGGUGGCUCAGGCCUGUAAUCCAAGCACUAUGGGAGGCCAAGCCAGGCAAAUCGCUUGAGGCUCAGGAGUUCAAGACCAGCCUGGCCAACAUGGCGAAAACUCAUCUCUACUAAAAAUAAAAUUAGCCAGGCAUGGUGCCUGUAAUGUCAGCUACCCAGGAGUCUGAGGCACAAGAAUCACUCAAACCUGGGAGGUGGAGGUUGCGAGAUCACACCACUGCACUCCAGUCUGAGCAACAGAACAAGAUUCUGUCUUAAAAAAAAAAAAAAAAAAAAAAGGAAGAAAGAGAA